GGUAGCAGCAUCCACGACCCACUGGCAGCAGCAAGCUGACGUGUAUGAAACCCAGAAUUGGACUAUAAAGGUGAACAACAGAGGGUGAGACAAAUCACAAGCAACCGGCAAUCUGCAACAUGAAGGCGACACUCUUUUCCUUAACUCUGCUGGGUGCCGUGCUGUCGGUAUGGGCCAUCCCGCGCCCAGAUUUGGGCAUCAAGGGCACCGUACCGAGUGCGAACGACAUCGGGACAGUGGCCAUCACCUUGCUGAAGAACCGACUUGAUCAAUUGGAUGACAAGUUCGUCAACCUUACCUCGGCGUACGGACGGAUCGACAGCAUGAAUGCGGCCCUUCAGUCCAUCGCCACAGCCGUCCUGACCAAAGGCGGACGCCUAGCGACAGCUCUGAAUACACUCUCCAACAGUACCACUGGACCGGUGGCCACAGCGUUCGGUCUUGUGUACACUGAAAUCGAAAGCUUCCAGCUUUUGGUGAAUGGUAGUAGUCUAACGAACGAGACUACUAUUUUGACCAACAAUACCGCCCCCGAUACAAGCAUCAUCGUCGAUCUUGCCGAUGCCUUCGGUGGAGUGAACAUCACCUUGAUUGCACUGAAAAACGCACUGAUGGCUUUACAGACAAACGUACAGGCCGCUCAAACCGCGGCUGGCAAUGCGGCAACCGUAUCCAACGCUAUUAUCAAGAGCAAAAUCCCCACGAAGAGCGUCACCGCGGUGACCGCUGAGGUGCGUAAUCUAUACGCCAGAAUCCCGUCAGUGGGCGAAGUGAUCGAUUCGACGAUCAGGCAGUUGAAGACGGCCGACGAUUUCAUCCUCGCAACCAAACUGGAAGGUGAACAAAUCACCUCUGACUACGCCAUGGACCUGCAAGCCUACCGGGAUAACUUGGUGCAGGUGAAAUCGGACAUCUACACCGACUUGUCCACGGCUGCUGGUACUGGCCCGGUGACCCUGCUCACCAAUAUCUCUGCUUCACUUACACCGUUCUACGCCAAUAGUACCAUUGAUGAGGCAAUUAGCGGACUUAAUGCUACGUUCAGCAGCCUUACGGGUACCAUCUUUGACACGUACUUCACCACCUACAACACGUCACUGGCCAGCUUGGUAGUUGACAUGGAUACCAAUUUUGCCACAAUGCUGUGCGGCCCGCUCAGGGAAUCCGUCCAGGUUCUGAUCAACAAUGGUGUGGAUAGUGCCUUCUGCUUCGAGAAGUACUCGAACUUCCUGUUCAACAUCAUCGGAGAAACGCUCGACGACAUCAAUGUGUGCUUCCAGAACGAGCUGAUCCGUUUGUUCCAUCUGCAGGAAGUGCUUGGCAAAAUCGGUAAACAGCUCUCGUUCAACGUGGAGGAUAUCUUGGACAACCUGAAGGUUUGCCUAGCACUUCCUUCAGCCGCCCAGCCCGGAUGCUUCGAUACGAUUGAUGAUUAUUACACCGCCCUGGACACUCAAACUACCGCUUUGGUGGCUUCUACGAAGGAUUUAGUUAAUUACGAAUCGGUUGCCAGCUCGAAGCGGUUGGGCGCUUGCGUCAAGAUUGUCUUCCCGGCGAAGGCUGCUCUGGCUAACUUCUACUCCUCGGAGACAACGAAAUGCUACAAACGCGUGUAACUUGAGGGCCAGUUAAUGGGGGACACAACAAACGGUGAAUGGUGAUUGGGAUAAAAGCAAUAAAAGUUGAAUGAUAUCGUGCUUACAAACGACUGGUAU